CCCCUCCCCUCUUCAGCCUCCCCAGGCGCCCAGCCCUGCCCGCCGCGCCGCCGGCCCCCGCGGGGAGGAGACAGCGGCAGAAGAGCGGCAGCGCUUGCCUCAGCCCCGGCAGGCCCAGCCUGGGCCGCGCCGGGCGUUGCAUCCGGAGGGCGGGAGAGCGAGCCGCCGAGAGGGCCUGCGGCCCGGCGGGCAGCAGCCGCAGGAAAAUUGGAUGGCUGAGUGAGAACUGGUUGUUAAAAAGAUUCACAAUCGUGGCUGAGGAUUACAACAUGUCUAAAGAGAUGCAAGAACUGCAGAAGCAAUGGCACUCCAUGGUGCAGUCCAUCCACAGCAACUCAAAUGUUGUUGCAUUUAUGAAUUCUCGUGUUGGCCAAUAUUUAGAUGACCAUCCUUUUGUUGCCUUAUCACUCCUGAUGUUUAUUGCAGUGUCUGCUAUUCCUGUUGCAUUUUUCCUGAUUUUUGUUGUUACAACAGCCAUAAUGGCCUGUAUCGGUGUGAUAGUCAUGGAAGGUGUUGUAAUAGCCAUAGGUGGCAUAGCCCUCCUUUGUGUGCUGUGUGGCCUGGGUGCACUUUCACUGGGAGUUUCUGGAGUAUUGAGUGUUUGCUAUGUCGUUCUUUCAACUCUGGUCAACUGCUGGUAUGCUUCAAGGGGUCAGAUAAGGAAGCAAGAAGUUAACGGAAGUUUGCCACAGAAGAGUCCUUCUGUCUUGGAUCUUUCUGCCAGUAAUGGAAAGAAUGAAUAAGUGGGUUUCUCCCUGCUUCCUCCAUAGGCACUUAACUGUACUACUCUGAUCUUUGCAAUAUAAUUGUUUACUCAUUGAGCAUUCAACCUUUGUGCACUCCUUAUGGGAACUGAAAAAAACAAUAUACAUCUUACAUUCUCACUGUAAAACUAGUAUUAAGAAUAACCAUUAAGCAAGUCUAUGUGCAUGAUGGAAUGUUCCACAGAUUUUGGUACAGGAAUGUAAUAACUGCUACUGUUAAGUCAGUGACAAUUAGGUAGAAGAAAGGGUAGGUAGGUAUUUGGCUUCCCAUUUGUUACUAGAGUUCUGGAUGUACUGUCUUUUGAAAUUUGUAUGCAGCAGUUGGUCAUUUUGGUACAUAAGUGUCAAAGCUCAGAAUACCAGAAACGUUUUUUGAAUGUUAAAUAUUUUUAAGCCUUAACAGCCUUUGUUAAAAUAGUACGAGCACACCAUGCUAACACUUUGUAUUUAUUAUACGAGGAAAAUUAGGCUUUAUCACAUGUUAAGUCAAGGUAUAAGCUUUUAUAUACCUUUACAUGUUACAUUAUUCUGAAGGGAUGUUUUCCUUGUUCUCAUUGCCUCAUCAUAUCAACUGCAUACUGUUAAGUCUUGCAUUUUGUAUAUUUGUUUAGGUAUUUAAAUUGCCUGUUUUGCUUUUCAGUUGCAACUUCUUGUAUGUUAUUUAAACUUUUUUCAUUUUUGCAAAUGCUAUAUUUUUAAGCAUUAAGAAAGUAUCUAACUAUUAUUUUAAUAAAGUGCUGUUUGUUUAACCAGGU